AUGUCAGAAUAUAUUACCGUAUUGUACAGCGGAUGUAUAAUAGGCAAAAUUGUUAUGGAUGAUAUAAUACCUUAUGAUGCUUUGCUUGGAAUCAUCUUAUUUAUUUUAAUCACCGUUUGCAGAGUAUUAAUUUAUAUGAUUCUUUCACCUAUUUUAAUACAUAUUGGAUAUUAUUUGGGAUACACUGAAAUAAUGGUUGCCGCAUUUGGAUUUUAUGUGAACCCAAUGAUGGUCAUAGCUCUCUUAAUGACACUAACAAACCCACAAGAAUUCUCUUUAGGAGUGAGAAUUUUGACUAUAUACAUGGUGGUACAAUUAUGCAGUAUGUUUGUAAGCACGGUAAUUUUUAUGGCAUCAUUUAGAUUUACAAAGUUUAGUCAGUUUUCUAUGGCGGCAAAGACAAAUAUGAAUAAUUCCAUAGAACAUCUCAAAAUUACCACUGCAAAUUUUAUUUUUAUACUGAAAACUGAUAAAUCCAAUUAUGAUACAGACUGGAAUAUGGUUACUAAAUAUUCAACAUUAAAGCAUCCUUACGAAUCUGAUUUAGAUUAUGAUAUGACAAAUAUUUUAAGUAAAAAUUUAGUUGUAACAUGUCCAAAUUGUCUAAGAGACACACCAAGAAAACUUUCGAAAAGAGAACAGAAUGAAAUAAAAUUGGUUACAAAAAACAGAAUUUUGAUAGCCAGAAAAAUUGCAUACUUACGUCAUAUUAAUGCUGGAACUAUCACUUAUGACGCUGGAAAUACUCUAAUUUUCAUCGUAGAAGAUGCAAUUGGAUCACCUAAAAAAGAAAUUAAAAUGAAACAUUUUAGAAAUCGAUUCUCAUUAAAAUCUCUUACAAGAAAUGUGGUGAAAAUGUUAUCAGAGGUAUUAUUUUUUGACGUUUUACAUAGAGCACCUCGUCCGAAAAGUGUAAUGUAUUGUUUGUGCUGGAUAUUGGUCAAGUAUCACGUUACUGAUGCAAUAAUUAUUUUAACGAAUAUGACCGCAUUUGUUCUGAUGAUUACUUUGUGGAAAAUUGACUUUAUUUUACUAGAUCCUUUUGUGAUAUACAUUUUUGAGAUUGUUUUCAUUACAUUAGCCUUAUCUUCCCCUAAAUUUUUCCCCACUGGGAUUAAACAUAGUGCUAAGUAA